UGACUGAGCAGUGUGAAUUUGAUGACUGAUCAGUCGCGGCUCUUUUCUGUUCUAAUUUGUGCGUUUUAUGUGUUGCUUGGUUUGAACAGAAGCAACUACUACAGUAGUAAGGAUGGAUUACACGACUCGAAUCCCGGCGCGUGAUGUUUCAUUAUUCCGGUAAGUAAUAAUA